UUCCUCUCUCUCUCUUCUCUCUAAAAAAAUGGCUAUCAACUUUCCCAUUCCAGCUUAUUUCAUAGACAUGGUUUUCAUUAACCGCCUCAAAUCCUUCAUAACCAAAUCCUUUUUCCCCCACCACAUCACCGCCAAUCUCCGCCACGACGCCACCGCCCUCACUUCCGCCGCCAUCGACUUCGGUCACAUGGUUACUAUCCCACCCGCCGCCGUCCUUUUCCCCUCCUCCGUAAACGACGUCGUUACCUUAGUCAAACUCGCAAACUCCCGUCCCGUUCCCUUCAACAUCGCCGCCAAAGGCUGCGGCCACUCCGUCCACGGUCAGGCAAUGGCCGGAAAUGGGGUCGUUGUUGAGAUGACUUCCUUGAAUAAUCCCUCUCGAAUCUCUAUCUCCGGUAGUGAAUCCACCGGAUUCUUUGCCGACGUCGGCGGUGAACAACUCUGGAUUGAUAUACUUAACGCCACUCUUGAACGUGGACUUGCACCGCGGUCGUGGACGGAUUAUCUUUACCUUACCGUCGGCGGGACGUUGUCGAAUGCCGGUAUUAGCGGUCAGACGUUUCGUUAUGGCCCACAGAUUUGUAAUGUCAUCGAACUCGACGUCGUUACAGGGAAAGGAGAUCUUGUAAGCUGUUCAGCAGAAAAGAACAAGGAACUCUUCAAUUCAUCCUUGGUGUGUUUAGGCCAAUUUGGAAUCAUAGUUCGAGCUAGGAUUCCCUUAUUCCCAGCUCCAAACAGGGUUAAGUGGGUUAGAAUGCUGUACAGCAAUUUUAAUGAGUUUCUGAAGGAUCAAGAAAAAUUAAUCUCAAUAAAUAAUAAUGAUAAUAAUGGAAGCAAACAAAAGGGUGGAUUGAACUAUUUGGAGGGUUUGCUUCUAAUGCAUGAUGGUCCCCCAGACAAUUGGAGAUCUUCUUUUUUUCCAUCUUCUCAUCACUCUACAAUCAUCUCUUUGGUUAAUCAACACUCCAUUAUAUACUGCCUAGAAGUUGCCAUGUAUUACGACGAUCGCUCUCGACAUACCCUCGACAAGGAACUUGACGACUUGUUGGAAGGGUUAGAUUUUCUACCCGGAUACAAAUUCGAGAAAGACGUAUCCUACAUUGAAUUCUUGAAUAGGGUUCGAGGUGGGGAGUUGAGCCUCCGAUCACAAGGAUUAUGGGAUGUUCCUCAUCCAUGGUUGAAUCUCUUCGUGCCUAAAUCUCGUAUCGCGGAGUUCGACUCGGGUGUUUUUAAGGAUAUCGUUCUCAAACGAAAAAUUACCAAUGGACCUAUACUCAUCUACCCCAUGAAUAGGAGCAAGUGGGAUGAUAAAAUGUCAGCAGUUAUACCAGAAGAAGAAGUAUUUUACACAAUAGGGUUUUUGAAUUCAAGUGGAUUUGAUGAUUGGGAAGCCAUGGAAGAACAAAACAAAGAGAUUUUAGGGUAUUGCAACAGUGCAAAUAUCAAGAUCAAGCAAUAUCUUCCUCAUUACAAAACAAAAGAAGAUUGGGAGAAACAUUUUGGACACAAAUGGAAAAUUAUUCAAGACAGAAAAUUAGAAUUUGAUCCUAAAAUGAUUUUGUCUCCUGGACAGAAAAUUUUUAAUCCUUAAAGUUACUGUUCUUAUUAUUAGUAUUAUAUUUUGUCUGUCCUUUUUUUUUU